UGGGAAAGAAAUUGACGAUGCGAUUUUUCAAUUGGCUCCAAGUAUAAACCCUAGCUCUCGUCUUCAUCUUCCUCACCAACUUUCAGCUUUGUAACAUACGGUCCCUCUCUCUCCCUCUCUCUCUAAAAGUCGCUCUCGCAGCUCAAUCUCUGCACCAGUCAGUCUCGCCGUGAAGCUCGAACGCCACAAUGUCGCCGCUCGCUCGGCUCCGGCCCAUCUCGCUGAACCUUCGCCGCCAAUUCUCGUCGUCGAUCCUGUCGCCGGAAUCGAACGCCCCUCUCUCGUCGAAGGAGAAGACCCGGGCGGCUCUCUCCCUCCUCAAGACCGAGAAGAACCCCGAGCGCAUCAUCGACAUCUGCCGGGCCGCCUCCCUCACCCCGCAGUCCCACCUCGACCGCAUCGCCUUCUCUGUCGCCAUCACGAAGCUGGCGGAGUCGAGCCACUUCGACGGAGUGCGGAGGUUCCUCGAGGAGUCGAAGGCGAGGCCGGAUUUGAAGAACGAGCGUUUCAUGUGCCACGCCAUCGUGCUCUACGGGCAGGCUGGGAUGAUCAACGAGGCGAUCAACACGUUCAAGCAGGUCGAGGAGCUAGGUAUCCGCCGGACAGUUAAGUCUCUUAAUGCGCUUUUGUUUGCUUCGAUUUUGGCUAAGGACUAUAAGGAGACGAAGAGGAUUUUUAUGGAGUUCCCUAGGAUUUAUAGCGUGGCGCCCGAUUUGGAGACUUUUAAUACUGUGAUUAAGGCGUUCUCCGAAUCCGGGUCGACUAGUUCGGGGUACUCGGCGCUGGCUGAGAUGGAUAGGAAGGGGGUUAGGCCAAACGCGACGACCUUCGGGAACAUGUUGGCUGGGUUUUAUAAGGAGGAGAAGUAUGAAGAUGUCGGGAAGGUUUUGGAAUUGAUGCAGAAGUACGAGGUCUCUCGAGGGGUUAGUAUUUAUAAUAUCAGGAUUCAGAGCUUGUGUAAACUUAGGAAGUCGGAUGAGGCGAAGGUGCUGCUCGAUGGGAUGUUGGCGAGGGGGAUAAAGCCGAAGUCGGUGACUUAUUCCCAUUUGAUUCAUGGGUUUUGCAAUGAAGAAAGGUACGACGAAGCGAAGAAGCUGUUCAAGAGCAUGAUGAACAGCGGUUGCCGGCCUAAUAGUGAUUGUUAUUUCACCUUCAUUCACUAUCUUUGCAAGGGAGGGGACUUCGACACUGCAUUGCGGAUUUGUAAGGAGAGUAUGGAAAAGGGUUGGGUUCCGAAUUUCGGAACGAUGAAGUCACUGGUUAAUGGGCUGGUGAGUAUUGAUAAGGUCAGCGAAGCUAGGGAGCUUAUUACACAGGUCAAGGAGAAGUUUUCUAGGAAUACAGAUUUGUGGGAUGAAGUAGAAGCCGGUUUACCUCAGUAAGGUAGAUAAGAUACUUUGCUGUUUUCUUUUGGUUCAAUAAGAGCGCAGCUUGAUCUGAAAUGGACAAACAUUUGUAUCAUAGAAGGCGGCUUUAUCUUUUUUCCUAGUCAUGGAAGAAACUAGUACUUCCAAUCUGACCUCUUUAAAUUGAUCGUUCUGUAAUUAUCAAGGGUUUCGGAAUUGCAUCUGACAUCCUCUUAUCAUUCAAAGUUCUUUCUACACUCAAGGAUCAGAUCAAAGGCACAUAUAAGGUGAACCAACUUUGGGAAGAUAUCUUACCUCUGUCUUGGUGCAGUUUCAAGUAGCAGUCUCCCUUUGAGCCACCUAUAGCGAGUCCUAUAAUGCUACUCUCUGGUUGGUUAUUCACUGUGGUUGUUUCUUGUGUUAGGCUAGCGGGGGAUUUCUGUGGUAAGUUUUUUCCCAAUGGAGUAGCGUGCUGUAUGCAACAUCAAUCUGGAAGUUGAUAUCACUGUUUGCUAUUUGAGUCAAUCCGACGGGAUUGUUUUCACUCCGAACAUUUUAAAUGCGCCCAUCCAUCCAUUCAAAGUGGCCUUGUCUUGAAGGAUAACUGAUGUUACCUAAGGCUUUGGUCUUAUGUUGUGCCUUAACUAGUUUGUGCCCAUAUCUUAGCAUGUUCACGAGGGAUUGGCAAAUCUUUUUAGUGGGUGUUUUCUUUACCACAUUUGCCAGAAUUAAGUGCAUUCUGAGUACUGCUUUGGUAAUAUCAGAGAUUGGAUGAAUGUUUUGCUGCUAAGAAAUGGUGCCAAUGUAAAUCCCCAAUUGUUGUUUUUGUUGCUUAAUUGCUACAGAUGCAG